GGCAGCCGUCGCGACGUUACAGGCGACGGGCGAGUGGAACAAGCGCGCGGAACUGGUUAUUUUGCCCGGGCCGCCGGGUUCACCUGAACGAGUCUGGCUAAGGUCAGGUGGGCUUUCGGGUUCCAGUCGGAGUUAAGCGACCGGCCCUUUCUACUCGGUAAAAGGCAGGUUCAGACAAAAACAUCACAAAUCCUCACUCAGGAAACUUUCAGACAGUCUGUCUCGUGACUUCAGCCAUCUCCAGUCACCAUGGGAAAGGAGAAACUCCACAUCAACAUCGUUGUGAUUGGCCAUGUGGACUCUGGCAAGUCCACCACCACAGGCCACCUGAUCUACAAGUGCGGGGGCAUAGACAAGAGAACCAUCGAGAAGUUUGAAAAGGAAGCUGCUGAGAUGGGGAAGGGGUCGUUCAAGUACGCCUGGGUGCUGGACAAGCUGAAGGCAGAAAGGGAGCGUGGCAUUACCAUCGACAUCUCACUGUGGAAGUUUGAAACCAGCAAGUACUAUGUGACCAUCAUCGACGCCCCCGGGCACAGGGACUUCAUCAAGAACAUGAUCACUGGGACCUCACAGGCAGAUUGUGCUGUACUGAUUGUGGCAGCUGGUGUGGGAGAGUUUGAGGCAGGUAUUUCCAAGAAUGGACAAACCCGUGAGCAUGCCCUGCUGGCCUACACUCUGGGAGUAAAGCAGCUCAUUGUGGGCAUCAACAAGAUGGACUCCACUGAGCCAAACUACAGCCAGAAACGUUAUGAGGAAAUUGUGAAGGAAGUGAGCACCUACAUCAAGAAGAUUGGCUACAAUCCGGACACCGUUGCCUUUGUGCCCAUUUCAGGCUGGAAUGGAGACAACAUGCUUGAGCCCAGCCCCAAUAUGACUUGGUUUAAGGGGUGGAAAAUAAAUAGGAAAGAAGGCAAUGCGUCAGGGACCACUCUACUAGAGGCUCUGGACGCUAUCCAGCCUCCCACCCGUCCAACAGACAAACCUCUACGUCUGCCCCUGCAGGAUGUCUACAAGAUAGGAGGUAUUGGAACAGUGCCUGUAGGACGCGUGGAAACGGGCAUACUAAAGCCUGGCAUGGUGGUGACUUUUGCCCCCGUCAAUGUGACUACUGAGGUGAAGUCUGUGGAGAUGCACCAUGAGGCGCUGACUGAAGCUCUUCCCGGCGACAACGUGGGCUUUAACGUCAAGAAUGUGUCUGUCAAGGACAUUCGCCGUGGCAAUGUGGCCGGUGAUAGCAAGAAUGAUCCACCACAGGAAGCUGCCAACUUCACUGCUCAGGUGAUCAUCCUUAAUCACCCAGGCCAGAUCAGUGCUGGUUAUGCUCCUGUGCUGGACUGUCACACUGCUCACAUCGCCUGCAAGUUUGCCGAGCUAAAGGAAAAGAUUGAUCGCCGCUCUGGCAAGAAGCUGGAGGACAACCCCAAAUCCCUCAAGUCUGGAGAUGCUGCGAUUGUGGAUAUGAUUCCUGGCAAGCCAAUGUGCGUUGAGAGCUUCUCUGAAUACCCUCCACUGGGUCGUUUUGCGGUGCGUGACAUGCGUCAGACUGUGGCUGUCGGCGUGAUUAAGGGUGUGGAGAAGAAGGUCUCCACCACUGGUAAAAUUACCAAGUCAGCCCAGAAGGCCCAGAGGAACAAAUGAAUGUUGUGCUACUCUGCCGACCUCAAGGUCUCCCAGGGCAGGACAUCGGCCAUCCAACUCCAUCAUACAAUUGGCUGUUUCAACCUAAUAAUCAAAGACUGGUUAAUCAUCACAAUGCAUCGCAAAAGCAUUCGAAGGAAAGAAAAACAUUUAGAUCUUUAGUUCAUGAGGCGGUACUCCUGACUAUUUCAGUGGUUAGAUUACCAUUUCGUACAAUGUAGUAUCAAAAAGAUUGUUUUAAAUGUGUCCUGUUGAUUUAGUUCAUGGCAAUACCUUUCAGUGAUAUUGAGACAUUGAACAAUUAGAGGUACUGUAAUUUAUCACCUCUCUAGCUCUCUGGAGUGCAGGUACUGGUCUCUUUUGAUGGUAUGUGUUGUCUUGCUUUUAGUGUUUGUUUGCAACUACGUGGUGCUCUGUAGGAGCCUAUGGCAAGAAGUUAAAACUAUGUUCUUAUGAGUAGUAUAUUAGUAUAACUUAGUGAUUUGUUGUGUUUAAGCUUUAAAAAGGCACUUAAAACUAAUGGUCCAAAUAUGUCCUUUCCAAGGGACUCCGAAGCAGACCACCUGUUGAUUCUUGAAGCACUUUGAUUGGUGUUUUGCUAACUUUGCACUUGCACUGGAGAAGUUUAAAUUGGCAUAAACUACUGCACCUUAUUGUGAGAAGGCAUGAGCCUCUUUGCAACAUUAA